AUGUGCACAGGGCGCCUUUAAGGCUUGGCGGCUGAAGUUGCAUGAGGAAGUCUUGAGUUGCGCGUCACUUGCGUGUCAAAGAAAUCAGGCGGGAGGGUAAUAGAACGCAGUACUGAGAAGUACGAGCGACAGGAAAAAAAGUAGUGGAAAAGUUAGCCUCGCUCCUGGCAAAGGAGAGCGAACUUCAUGUCUUCUCAUUCGCCGGAACAGACCAUUGGCGCGACAGGAAAUCAGACUUCUUCCAGUAAUGGGAACACUGCGCAUACUGCAUUUGUACUUGUUCCAGUGUUUUUUGUAAUGGGUCUUUUGGGAAUCUUCAUUUGUCAUGUGUUGAAGAAAAAAGGAUAUCGCUGCACAACAGAUGCUGAGUCAGAGGAAAAAAUCCAAGAGGAAAAGGCUGUUAGCUUUGAGCCAAAUGAUACUUUGAAUGACAGUAAUACUGACACAGUGGGCCACAUUGUGCAUUUCAUCAUGAAAAAUGAAGCUAAUUCUGAAGCCUUAAAAGCUAUGGUCCUUGACACCAGCAUAGAUGCCGAAAGUCCGACAUCCCCAGCUACUCCUGGUACACCAAUUAGCCCUACAACCCCAGUAUCUCCCAGUCCUGGAGUCAGCCCUACUAAGCAUACUUGCCAUGGGAAUCACCUACAUACAGUUGGAGGGGUUGCAGAGAAAAACGUGUGCUCGCGCUGCAGCCACAAACGGUGGGCUAUAGUGAAACCAAUCACAAGAACUAAGGAGCCUAAAAAGAGCCGUCCUGGGCAAGUUACACUACUUACUGUUGGGAGAUUCAGAGUCACAAAAGUAGAUCAGAAAUCACACCCAAAGGAACGGAAAAAUUUGCUUUCUGAAUCAGAGGAUGCAAAAGCAGCUACAAAUGGAGAAGUUCCAGGAUCACCAGCAAAAGUUGAGCCAAACAGCAGAACUGCCUCAGAGUCACAGGAGUUCACCGCUCCAGAACAGUGACUUCCUUUUCAGGAUUUAUUUCACUACUAAGAAGAUGACCUUUCUUUUCAGAGAUGAAGGAAAUGGACACAAGCCUAUAUAAAAAAAAAAAUAAAGCCCUUAAGUAAAUUUCUGUACAUUUCUAUCUUUUUUUAUUACUGGCAAGCAUUUUCUGCUUGAGAAGACACUUCUGAAGACUAAUUCAGCCAUACCAAUAAAGGGAACAACUGUCUAUCAUCAGAUAAAUACUAUGCAUUUUAAGGAUACGGACUAAGCACCAAAGAACGGUGAGCAUGUUUUAGUGCUCAAAUUCAGAGAUUCGGCGCUCUCGAUGCCAUUACACUGUGUAAUGCAGAAGAUGUGCAAUAUCAUGUGCAGAGAUGAUCCAUGCCAUGUAUUAUUUUAAACUGUCUGUCUGUUCAGUAAUGAGCAAAAGUGGAUUUCGUGGUUUUCAUCAGUGUGCUAAUAUAAAAAGUGGCUGGGA